AUGCUGUCACCGGCCCCCAGUACCCCCCGGUCCCCCCAUGCGGACCAGUCCGAUGUCCUCUCCGCCGAGGAGGUCGUGGCCCGCCGGUCGGGGGACGUGCUCCUGCGCCACACCAUCCUCAAGGGAGACCACUUCCCCGGCUGCCAGAACAUGAAGCUGCGGCCGCUGGUGGACGGCGCGCCCAACUUCCGGCAGGUCCCGGGGCUCCCCGUGUAUGGCGUGGCCAUCCCCACCGUGCAGGGCCUGCGCCGGGUGCUGGACCUGCUGGGCGCGGCCAAGGGCAGGCGCCGCGUGCUCUGGCACAGCAUGCGCGAGGAGCCGGUGCUGUAUGUCAACGGCGCGCCCUUUGUCGUCCGCGAGGCCGACAAGCCCUUUGCCAACCUGGAGUACACGGGGAUUGACCGCGAGCGCGUGGAGGCCAUGGAAGCCAGGCUGAAGCUGGACGUGCUGCAGGAGUCGGCGCGGUACGGGGCCCAGAUCCUGGUGGCCGAGGAGGACGACCAGUUCCAGGUGGUGCAGGCCUGGCAGCCCGUCAGCGAGGCCGACGUGCAGACCCCCGCGGAGGUGUACCGCGAACUCAUCGAGGACGGGUACGACAUCGACUACCUGAGGGUCCCCGUAACGGAUGAAAAGGCGCCCAAGGGCCGGGAUUUUGACGCCCUGAUCAAGAGGUGCUGGAAGCCACCCAAGGGCGCUGCGCUGGUGUUCAACUGCCAGAUGGGGCGGGGGAGGACCACCACGGGCAUGGUGAUCGGGACGCUGCUGGCCCUGCGUGCGGGUCUUGCCGCCCGGGCGGGCGAGGAAAGGACGUCUGGGGCCGGGGCGAAGGUCGAGCCAGGCGCCAGGCCCUCCAUCCCCCGGUCCUUCUGGGACGGGCCGCCGCAGCAGGCGCUGGGCGCCCCCUUCCCCGACUGGUUUGCGGCCGCGCCGGGCGGCGCUGACGAGGAUGCCAGCCCCGCCGCCUCCCCCGACGUGGGCGAGGCGGAGCUCCAGGCCGGCAACUGGGGCGCGGUGCGCUCGCUCCUGCGCGUCCUGGAGGGCGGCGCCGCCAGCAAGGCCGUGCUGGACAUGGCGCUGGACGCGUGCGCGGGCAUGCAGAACCUGCGCACCGCCAUCCUGGCCUACCGCGACCGCAUGGCCUACGAGCGCAACGACGCGCGGCGCGGCGCGCUGCUCACCGUCUGCUUGGAGUACCUGGAGCGGUACUACAGCCUCAUCGCCUUUGCCUCCUACGUGGGCGCGCCGGGGUACGACCCCGGCGACGACCCGGGCUACGCGCGCUGCGGGGGCCCCGACCCCGUCGCCGGCCUGUCCCCCGCCGCCACGCCCACGCAGGAGGAAAGGGAGAUCGCGGCGCACCGCGCGGCGCGGGCCGGCGCCGUGCUGGGCCCGCGCACGCUGCUGAAGCAGGACCACUUCCCGGGCUGCCAGUCGGAGCGGCUGGCCAUCAUCGUCCCCGGUGCGCCCAACCUGAGGGAGCUGCCGGGGGUGGGCGUGUGGGGUGGCGCCAUCCCCACGCGCGAGGGCAUGCGCGGCAUCCUGGAGCACGUCGGCGCGGGGCCGCGGUCCAGGGGCAGGUCCGCGGGCGGCCAGUGCCGCGCGGUGUGGACGCUGAUGCGGGAGGAGCCCGUGGUCUACGUCAACGGCGCGCCCUACGUCCUGCGCGAGGCCUCCCGCCCCUUCAAGAACCUGAUGGAGUACCGCGGCAUCGGCCGCGAGCGGCUGGAGGGCAUGGAGGAGCGGCUGGCCGCCGACGUGGAGAGCGAGGCGGCGGCCCGCGCCGGCCGCCUGCUGGUCACGCGGGAGGAGGAGGGCGGCGGGCCGGGCGCGAGGCGCACGCUGCGCGACGAGCUGGUGCUCGUGGCCGAAGUGGCCACGCCGCGGUCGAUCGCCCGGGGGCUGGCGGGGGCGGGGUACCGCGUGACCCUGGUCAGGGUGCCCCUCACCGACGGCACCGCGCCCCUCAUCGCCGACUUCGACACCUUCUACUCCUCCGUGGCGGCCGCGGCCCCGGGCGACCAGCUCAUCUACACCUGCCAGAUGGGGGGGGGCAGGACGACCAUGGGCAUGGUGAUCGGGGCCCUGCUGCGGCGCGCCAUCAACGGCGCCCAGAUCGGCAUGGGCGGCGCGCAGAGCACCGACAACCUGGACGAGGACGUCGGACAGGCUGAGCCCCCUCCCGGCAGGCAAGGCACGCCCUGGGACCAGGAGUCGGCCAACCUGUGGUCUGGUGAGUACGUGGCGGUCCGGCGGCUGGUGCGCAUCCUGGAGCAUGGCGCGGAGGCCAAGGCGGCGGUGGACUGCGCGGUGGACGCGGCGGGUGCGCUGAUCAACCUGCGCACCACCAUCAUGCGCUACCGCCGGCCCAAGAGCCUGGAGCGCUUCUACCGCCCCGAGGUGCAGGCCCGGCACGCCGCCUUCCUGCGCGGCUCCGCCUACUUGGAGCGCUACUGCCUGCUCAUCGCCUUUGCGGCCUACCUGGCCGAGUGCCGCGAGUGGGGGAGGCGCGCCACCUUCCAGGAGUGGUGGGCGGGGCGGCCCGACGUCCUGGCCGCCCGCGACUUCAUCCACACCAACCCCGCCUCGGCCCUGGCGCCCGUGCCGGGCGUGCUGCCGGCCACGCCCGCGCCGCCCUCCACCCUUGGCGCCGGCCAGCUGGUCUGCCCGGGCCGUGAGGGAGUGCUGAGCCUGGAGGAGCAGCGCGCGGUGCUGAGCAAGCGGCGGGGUCAUGUGGUGGGCCGGCGCACGAUCCUCAAGUCCAUGCCCCCGCCCGUCCCCGGCGCAGGGGGCACCCUGGACGGCCAGCCGCUGCCGGGCGUGGCCGACGUGCGUGCGGUGCACGGUUUCCCGGUCUACACGCUGGGCGGGGCCAGCGUGGCGGGCCUGCGCGCCCUGCUGCGCGCGCUGGGCGCCUGGCGCGGCGUGCGGGUCGUGGUCACCGACCUGCGCGAGGAGAUGGCGCUGUACGUCGCGGGCGAGGUGUACCUGCGCCGCGAACUCGAGUCCCCGGCCGCGGCCGCGCACCAUGCGGGCAUCCAGGGCGACAAGCUGGCGGCGCUGGAGCGGCGCCUGCGCUCCGACGCCCUGGCCGAGGCCGCCGCCUGGGGCGGGUUCCUCCUGCUGCACCGCGAGGUGGCGAGGCCGGUGGGCGGGGAGGCGGAUCUCGACGGCGGCGGUGGCCGGCGCAUGGGCGGAGCCGCGGCCCCGGACGUCGAUGCCUGCGCGCCGCGCGCGGCCAAGCGCGCCCGGCCCAACGACUUCUCCUGCGGCGACAUCACGCGCAGCACCCAGUUCCAGCCCACGACGGAGGUACAGCCUUUUUGGGCGGCGGUGGGCCCCUCGGGCGACGUCGACUCGGGCCUGGCCACGCCCGCCGAGGUGUUUGCCGCGCUGGCGGCCGACGGCGCGCGCGUGGCGUACCGCCGCGUGUCGGAGCUGUCGCGCAACGUGGGCGCGGGCGAGUACCGCGGCAUCAUGAAUCUGUGCCGUGUACUGCGUGCGGGCGCCGACGCCAAGGAGGCCGUGGACGCCGCCAUCGACGCGUGCGGGGCCAUCGGCGACCUGCGCGCCGACAUCGCGCAGUGUCGGGCCUCUUGCGCCGCUGCGACGGACGACGAGGGCGGGGACGUGGAGCACACGCAUGCUGCGGCCUCGGCGGCGCGCCGGCUGGGCCUGCACUACCUCCAGCGCUACUUCCUGCUCAUCGCCUACAUGGGCUACAUGGAGGCCGUUGCCCCGCCCCGCGACGUCUCCUUUGCGCAGUGGAUGGGGGAGCGGCGGGAGCAAAAGUACCUGCUGGCCACCCUGGAGCUCGAGGUGGCCACAGCUGCAGGCCACGGCACAUUCUUCGUUGGAGGAAACUGGAAAGCCAAUGGGAGCACUGCAUCGGUGAACACGCUGGUGAAGGAGCUCAAUGAAGCGGGGAGCCUGCCCAAGAAUGUGGAGGUGGUGGUCGCUCCUCCCUUCAUCUUCCUGGAUCAGGUCCAGCAGAGUCUGCAGGCCCCAUUCCAGCUGGCCGCCCAGAAUUGCUGGAAGGGGAAGAACGGGGCCUUUACUGGGGAGAUCACUGCGGAGAUGCUGGUGGACAAGAAGGUGCCCUGGGUGAUCCUCGGCCACUCUGAGCGAAGGGCACUCAUGGGCGACUGCAACGAGGUGGUUGCCGAGAAGGUGGCGUACGCGCUGUCCAAGGGCUUGAAGGUGAUCGCCUGCAUCGGAGAGACGCUGGAGGAGCGGGAGACGGGGCACAUUUGGGACGUCCUGGAGAACCAACUGCGGCAUAUUGCGGAUGCGGUGACGGACUGGGGCUCGGUGGUGGUGGCCUACGAGCCGGUGUGGGCCAUCGGCACCGGCAAGGUGGCCUCCCCCGAGCAGGCGCAGGAGGUGCACGCCUUCCUGCGCAAGUGGCUGCGGGAGAAGGUGGGCGCGGACACCGCCGCUGGGGUGCGUGUAAUCUACGGCGGCUCCGUCACCGACGCCAACGCUGAGACGCUGGCGGGGCAGGAGGAUGUGGACGGCUUCCUGGUUGGGGGGGCGUCCCUCAAGGGGCCGUCCUUCGUCACCAUCUGCGGCGCGGCGACUAGCGGCAACGCCAGCUCCCUGCCCUGCAGCCCCACGGCGCUGGAGGUGGAAAGCGCCGGGGGGGACAUGGCCGCGGCAUGCCUGGGCGGCGCGGGGGAGGGCGCGCGCCUGCUGACGGCACUGUCGGACGUCUGGCGCCAGGCCGGCGGCGCGCUCGUCGGCGGUGCUGGGGUGGGCUCUGCUGUCCUCCCGCCCGCCAGCCUGGCGCUGGACGGCUGCGCGUGCCUGGGCCCCUCGCCGGGGUCAAACGGCAGCGCGCCCUCCUGGACCGCCGACCUGGGGACCGCAGCCUAUCUGGAGUGCCCGCGCCCGCUGCCGGGCCGCUGGGUCCACCUGGGCGUGGAGGGCUCCGAUGAUGCAUCUCUGGCCGCCGCUGUCGCCGGCAGGCGGGCUGGGGCGGCUGUGCCGCCGGCCGCCGCGCUGCCGUGUGUCUGCGGCGUGCAGCCCCUCAGCUUCCUGGCCCGGGAUCUGGCCGUGCCGGCCUGGCCGGAUGGUGAGGCGGUGACCUUUGUCCCCGGCAUGGUGCUCGACGUGGGGUCCAGACGCCCGGCCGGUGGUCGGGGGAUGAAAUCCGGCGGCAUCAGUUUGGGCCCGGGCCGCGGCAACUGCAGCGUGGCGGGUGACGACGAGGUGGGCGGCGCCAGCUGGCGCCUCGAGCUGGGUCUGGCGCCGCCCCACGUGCGCGGCGUGCGGCUCUUCCUUCUCGCCCCGCCGCGCGUAGGAGUGCGGUACGUCGCCGAGCUGUACCGCGAGGGCGAGGCGGGGAGCGCCCCGGCCGCGCUCUGCGCCUCCGCGCUCCCCGCCGCUGCGGGCCCGGUGCUGGAGCUGGACUGUCGCGCUUUCUUCCCCGCCGCCGUGAUUGUCGUGCGCGCGACGGGGCCCGGCCCCGCACCGGCCUUGUGCGGCGUGGAGCUCGUCGGUGGGCGCGAGGCGGGGGUGCUGCGCCGCCUCGCCGACCGCACCGCUUUGCUCGUCGUCCGGAAUGACCUAUCGUCCCAAGCGGCCUACGCGCCGCUGGUCGUGGACGGGCGGCUGGACACCUGCCUGCCCCGGUCUGUGAAUUCGGACGCCGAGGAGAUGACCUGGGAGCUGGACCUAGGCGGAAGGCCCCUGCCGCUGCUGGCGCUGGGGGUGAGUGCCAAGGCGGCAACGGCGGGCGCCACCGGUGCCGUGGCGGUCGAGGUGCUUGACGCAGGGGGCGCAAGCCUGUGGAGAACGUCUGUAUUGGCAAACUCCACUGUGCCGGGCAUGCCAGCGAUGCUGGACAUGCCACGCGGGCUGGCGGCCACCGGCGCAGUCCGGCUGCUGAUGGAUAGUGCCACCCUGCUCUGCGAGCUGACGCUGGUGACGUUGGCAGGUGGGGAGGCGGGGCUGCCCAUCGAGGCGCAGAUUGACUCGGAAGACGUGGGUGUCCUUUCGAUCGACGGCGGUGGAGGAGGGCGCAACCUCACGGCCGCACUCGCCGGCCGGGACUACCGCGAUUGCCCCGACACAGCGGCGGCAGGCGAGGACCUCGAGCUGGAAAUCUCCCUGGACGGAGCGUUGUACGGCACCUCCCUGGUGCAAAUCGUGACGGCCUCGCCCCUGACCAACGUGACACUCACCGACCACCGUGAGGGCGCCCCUGGCUGCGUGCCCAGCAUCGCCUCCAAUGACACUGUCCCUGCCGGAGGAGUGACCACCUGGAACUGCACCCCAGCGCUGGAGACCAGGGAGCUCGUCAUCCGGGCGCAGCUGGAGGAUGGCGAGGACACCCCUCGAAUAUGCACUGUGAGGGUAUUUCAUGAGCUUUGA